UUGCAAUAUAAUCAUUUAUAAAAUUUUUUGUGAAAUAAUUGUUUAUGCGGUUGUGUAAUAAUAAGAUAUGAAUUUAGUGGUGCCAGGAAUAAUACUAUUUAUCAGUAUAUCUGGAUCGAAAGGUUACCAAGGAAACUAUGGACUUCCUUUUGUGGAAGCUGCAGCUAUGGAUGGUUACGUAGCCGAAAAUCAUGAAGUAACCACAGAUGAUGGGUACAUACUUGGAAUACAUAGGUUACCGUAUAAAAAAAAUUCCACAGUGGUCAACAAAAACCCAGUAUUAAUUGUACCAGGGCUUACAGGGACGUCUGACUGCUUCAUACUUUUAAGGGAAAAUGGCUCUUUAGCCUACACUUUGGUAGAUCAAGGGUACGACGUGUGGUUGCCGAAUCCUAGAGGAAAUAAGCAUAGCAACAAGCAUGUGAGGUUUGAUCACAAAGUGGAUAGAGCAUAUUGGGAAUACACCAUGCUAGAGAUGGGUUACUAUGAUAUGGCAUCCACAGUAGACUACAUAACCAAUGUAACCAAAAAAGACAAAAUCACAGGGAUCGGUCAUUCGCAAGGCAACACUCUGUUGUUUAUAUUAUUAGCAUCAAGACCUGAAUACAACGAAAAGUUCAAUUUAUUUGUAGCCCUUGCACCUUCUAUAUACCUCAACAGCUCAGACAUAGAAUUUUUUAAUGCCAUUGGACCGUACCUACAAAUUUUGGAUUAUUUUUUGAGAGAUUUUUUGGGCCUCUAUAGUAUUCCUGAUAUUGAUGGGUUGGAUGUUUUUUGUAGAGCACUCCCGGGUAUUCAAGCAUUUUGUAGUUCUCUCGUAGGCUUUAUUGAUUUUGGUAUAAAUAUUGAAAAAAUAUAUGAUACUGAUAUAUUUCCAAUGGUCUUGAGUCACAUGCCAUCUGGAAUUAAUAUUAAAGUUGUGCUACAUUAUCUUCAAUUAAUAGAUCGAGGUGAAUUUUAUUCAUAUGAUUAUGGAGAUAUAGGCAACAUGAGGCGUUAUGGGACUGCAGUACCUCCAUUACAUAGCAUAAAAAAUAUUUCCGUACCAGUGGCGUUAUUCUACAGCCACUAUGACAUGUUAAUUCCUUUAAGUGGUAUCGAUAGAUUAGCCAACGAUCUACAAAACCCAAUACUCUUCGCCAUUCAAAACAGAAACUACAAACAUUUGUUUUAUUUAUUUAGCAAAGAUGUUAAAAAACUACAUCCGACAUUGUUAAAAGUCAUUAAAGAACAUAACAGUUAUUAAGAUUUUUAUUGUAUGCCUUAUUUUAAGUAUACUACUUUUUAACGCCAAAUUGAUAGGUGCCUAUCAAUCUAUUUAUUAAGUUAUUAAU